AAAGUCUACCUCUAAGAAAGAAAUGCUAGUGCAGCCUGCAAAGCACGCAAUGGUGCAAGCCUUGAGCUUGUUUAUCAUUUCCAUGUCUUUUUUAACGCAUGAUAUUCAUGCAUGUAUCCAAACACAGCGUACUUCUCUCCUGUCCUUUGCCCUCAUUCUGUCUUCUCCUUCCUUAAACUGGACUUCUACUAAUUGUUGCCAUUGGGAAGGCAUCAGUUGUAAUCGAGAUGGUUGGGUCACUCAUUUGCAGUUACCCUCCAAAGGGCUCAAACUGAAAGGAGAUAGUUUUUCCUCAUCAUCACUUGCAAAUCUCACACAUCUCACUCACUUGAAUCUCUCACACAAUUCCCUUUCUGGUCCUCUAGAUGACCUCUUCCUGUCCUUGAAUGAUCUUAAAAUCGUAGAUUUGAGCUAUAACCUUCUCUUUGGAGUGUUACCAUCUUCUCUUCCAUCCAGCCAUAUUCAGAUGAUAGAUUUUUCCAGCAAUCGCUUACAUGGUGCAAUCCCAUCUUCUUUUUUACAAAAGGCUUGGAAUUUGGCUAGUUUCAACGCCAGUAACAACUCCUUUUCAGGUCCUAUCCCAUCCUCUAUUUGUCUUCCUUCUUCUUCCUUGUUACGACAUCUUGAUCUUUCGUUCAAUAAUUUCAAUGGUAGUAUAUCUUCUGGAUUGGGGAAGUGUUCCAAACUGCAGGUCUUUCGUGCUGCUCACAAUUACCUAUCAGGAUCCCUUCCAGAAGAUAUCUUCAAUGUUACCACACUUGAAGAGAUUUCACUACCUCUAAAUUCAUUGAAUGGGGCAGUGAGUGAUGCUAUUGCCAACCUCACUAGCCUCAUAACCCUUGACCUCUCUUAUAACCAAUUGAGUGGUGUGCUCCCUCUCCAUCUUGGGAAGCUAUCAAAGUUGAAACACAUACUCCUUGAUUUCAACCAUCUAGAAGGUUCAUUGCCCCCAUCUCUGAUGAAUUGCACAAACCUCGUUGAACUACGUAUGGGAGCCAACAACUUGGGAGGUGAUAUUUCAAUGCUUAAUUUUUCCAAACUUAGCCAACUAAGUAAACUUGACUUGCGGAAAAAUAACUUCUUUGGUGUCUUACCGAGAAGCCUCUACUCGUGCAAGCUCUUGAAAGCAAUUCGAGUUUCAUUGAAUAAUCUAGAGGUUCAAAUACAGCCUGAAAUGGUUUCAUUGAAAUCCCUGUCCUUCCUCUCACUGGGAGGAAACAAACGUCUGACGAAUAUCAAAGAGACAUUGAAGAUACUGAUGAGAUGCAAACGCCUAGUAGUCCUCUCAUUAGCAUCUAGUUUUCUAGGUGAGGAGCUGCCAGCUGAUCUUGGGGAAGUUGAUUUUGAUGGGUUUCAAAAUCUUCGAGCUUUGGAUUUGAGUUUCUGUAACCUUACUGGUCCACUCCCUCUAUGGCUAUCAAAACUCAAAAUGCUGGAGCUCUUGGACCUCAAUCAGAAUAGAAUCACAGGCUCAAUUCCAAGUUGGAUGGGGAAUCUUCCUAGGCUGUAUACUAUAAGUAUGGAAUCCAACCUUCUUUCAGGGCAACUUCCAAAGCAGUUCUGUAGACUACCGAUGUUGGUGUCUGAACAAGCUGCAGCUCAACUACAUCGUACUGAUAUUGAAUUGCCUAUUUACAUUCCCGGUAGUGUUCAUGCAAAACCUUUACAGUACAAUUACAUAUAUUACGAUCCAUCAAUAUUCCUACGUGACAAUUGCCUCAGUGGGAAUAUACCUAAUGAGAUUGGUCAGUUGCAGCUUCUCCAACUGCUGGAUCUUAGUGGCAACAACUUCUCCGGCAACAUUCCAGACCAGAUGUCCAACCUGAAGCACAUGGAGAUACUGGAUCUCUCCACGAACCAUUUGUCUGGAAAAAUCCCGGCAUCAUUCACAAGUCUUAAUUUCUUAUCAAGUUUCAAUGUCUCGCACAAUAAUCUUGAAGGACCAAUACCGUCAAGCACUCAGCUCCAGAGUUUCAAUGCUUCUGCAUUCGAGGGGAAUCUGAAACUUUGUGGUGCUCCACUUCCAAAGAAGUGUCAGACAAUAAAGGGUGCUGAUGCACCUGAUAUGAAUACCCAAGGUGCAGACACGAAGGAGAACCAAUUUCCCUGGUUUUAUGUCUCUGCUGCACUUGGGUUCAUAACAGGAUUUUGGGGAGUCUGUGGCCCUUUAGUGCUUAUGACGAAUUGGAGGUAUGCCUAUUAUCACUUCCUAGAAAAUGUACUAGACAGGUUCCGGGUGAUGAUAUCAAGGAGUAUGGCCAAAGUGAAGAGAAGUUUUUUUUAGAAGUUAGUACUCUCACUAAGCAUGACAUUUAAACAUGUAUAAUCUACUUAUAAUACACAAGGCAUAAAAUGGUGUCUGUACGUGGCACACAGACAGAAUUGCAAUACAUUAUUUCGUUUUCUGGCUCCUAACAAGAAAUUGAUAUUCACAUCUAUUUUCUUUCUGCACAAAGUUAAGAGCAACUAGCACAGAUUUAUUACGAGAGACAGAAAUAUAUGCAGACCUUGUCCUUCUUCAAUUGCCGACCCCAAUGAGGUUUCUU